AUGCUUCACCACAGCAGUCAGCGCCAGGCGGCACGCAACCGCAGCAGUGGCAGCCGCAGCCCGCAUCGUCGUAUGCACAGCCCCAAGACGUGGGUCGGCGCUGUGACCAGCCUCAUCCCGCCCAACUACGGCAUCGUGGACGGAGACUCUUUCUACGUGAACGCGGUGGUGUCCGGGCAGCUGCCGCAAGUGGGCCAUCGCGUUCGCUGCGAGGCCAUUCCUAACACGGACGGAGGCCAGUACGCGUGGAGGUGCACUUUCGUGGAGCUGGAUAACGGCGGCGGCGGCAGCUCCCUUGCCGCCAACGCCCGCAGCGGAAACCGCGGACCUGCAGCGAAUCGUGCCUACGGAUCUAUGGCCCGCGCCGGCUCCUCCGGUCCUGGCGGCUCCGGCGCCGGAGGUGGCGGUGGCAGCUCCGGCGAGAAGUCCAAGUACAACUCCGCGCCUCCGCCGAUGGUCUCCUAUACUGCCGAUGUGGCGAUGGCGUUGGCCGCCAACGCCGUGGAGGGCUCAGGUAGUGCCGCUACCGCCAUCGCGGAGCCGCCGCCGGUGCUCAAAGCGGCGCCGUUCGCCAAGCCGACCCCGGAACUGACAGAUGAGGAGCGGCGUCGAGCUGAGAGUGCCGUACAGCAGCUGGCGCAGUACGGCGACCCGUCAGGCGUGGGCGCGCGGCUUCUUGCCAAGAUGGGUUUCGGAGCGGCGGAGGGCAGCAAGGGCGGCCUGGGCCGCAAUGAGCAGGGCAUCGCCGCACCCGUGGAUCCAGCGCGUCCGGACCGGGGCAGCCGGCGCGGAUGGGGACGCGCGCGGAAUGUGGAGUCGGAUCGGGACCGCGACCGGGAACGGGACCGUGAGCGGGACAGGGAUCGAGAUCGGGAUCGAGAUCGGGAUCGGGACCGAAACCGGGAUCGGGAACGUAGCCGACGAGCGAGAUCCAGAUCGAGGUCAAGAUCGAGUUCCAGCUCUAGGUCUCGAUCCAGAUCUAGAUCCAGCUCUCCCAGCCGUAGCAGCACCUCGACAAGCUCGGACUCCUCCGGCAGUGACCGCAGUCGCAGCCGAAGCAGGAUCACCUCGCCUAAAGGUGGCGGCGGUGGCACUGCCGCCGCCGCCACCACAGCCCCCGCCGCUGCCCCUGGCGCCGGCAGCGCAGCCGUGGGCACAGCCACCGCGCCCAUUCCUGCAGCCGCAGGUGGCGGUUCCGGGUCCUCCUCGCUUGGGCGGUAUGCGGUGCGGCCGCCCAAGUUCCAUACGUGGGAACGUAGCCGGGGGGUGGCAUCUGUUAGCAAACGCUACAAGCGGCUGUACAUACCCUCGGACUUUAGCAGACUGGAGGCCUCCUGGCUCGACACUCUACCCGAGCACGCUCCCUUGCCGCUGACACAGCCCAUCGAGUUCAUUUUCACUUCUUCAGCUGCAGCACCAGUUCCGGCGGCUGCUCAAGGCGGCGGCAACACAGCCGCUGCUGCAGGCACCAGCGAUGUCGCAGUGACAACGGCAGGGGCGGAUGCGGCAGAUGGUGCCGCGAGUGGUGGUGCCGCGGCGGCGGCAGCAGGGCCAGCACCGCGGCGUGAGCCGUUGAGUGCCGCGGCGGUGGCGUCAGGCAGACGGUGGAGUGUGCGGGUGAUGCUGCUUAGUGGCGUUCCUGAGCAGGCACUCUACGCGGAUGAUGCGCAGGCAUACCAGCACCCCCUCCGGAAGAUGCGUCUCCUGGUCCAAAAGCGUACUCACCAUCACCACCACACCAGCGGCAGGGGCGCCAGCGGCGCCGGAGGUGGCAGCAGUAGCGGUGGCGGCAAUGAGGUUGGCGCCGUGGGCGGUUGCUGGGAGCCAGUCGACGGGGGCCACCCCGCUCGGGACCCGGCAGCUCUGGUGGCGACGGCCGUACGCACCUUCCGACGGGCCACUGGCGUGGACCUCAGCCCUUGCACUGAGCACCAAAACCAGACCACCGUGCGGUUUAACAAAACGCAGUGGGUUCGCUUCGCGGAGGUGGUCUACUUGCGUGCGGCGCCGUCGGAUGGAUCUGGAUCGGCACCUGGAUCUGGAUCUGGAUCGGGCCUGGUAGAGGAGCGAGUGGUGCUGAUGGUGCCGGUAGACGCAGUGGCGGCCGCGCAGCCCAACGCGGCGGCAGUGGAGGCCAUCGCCAGGGCGCAGGACGCGGUGUUUGGGGAGGCGAGGGCACGCACGGAGGCUGAGGCGGCGGAGGCGGCGGGGAGGGCGGCAGCAGAGGCGGCGGCGGAGGCUGCUCGGCGGGCUGUGACCGCCGGCGGGGAGGACUCCAUCCUGGACCCCGCCAACAUGACGGUUGUUCAGUUGCAGGAGGAGCUUGCUAAGCGAGGUCUCACGGAUGGGGCCGUAAAGAAGUGGAAUCCGCUACAUGGCAAGAAGCCGCUGGUGGACAAACUGCAGGAGUAUUUGGAUCGCCGUCGGGCCGAGGUGGCGUCCAGUGAAACAGAAGAGGGGCUGCUGGUGCGGGCAGCGGUGGAGGCGCGCGGGGCUGCGGAGGCGGCAGCGACACGUGUACGGGAUGCCCGCGAGGCGCUGGCGGCGGCACAGCGUGAGGCGAAGGAGGCGCGUAAGCUGCUGGCCUACCCGCCUGUGGUGGACACAAUGACGUUUACGCAGCCGGUCCGCGGUGGCGGCGGUGCUGCCCCCCGAGUCACCCUGACCAGCUACAACCUGGAGCAGCUGCUGGAGUACGGCGAGGAUGACACGAGGGAGGCCACGUUUGAGGUCUCCGUCUUCGUGGAGCUGUUCCGGGAGAUGCUGCAGCAGCGUCGCGACUCCGCUGGGAAAGGACCGGGCGAUGUGGUGAUGACGGGGGCCUCAGACGGGGAGGUUGAGGUGCCGGGGCAGAACGGCGUACCCGGGGGCCCUAUGGCGACGCCGCCCGAUGAGGACCAGGACGGGCCGGCGCCUGACGGCGUGGGUAACGGCCUUCCCUCCAAGGACAUGGAAACUGACGGGGUGGCUGGCAAGCGACGACUGUCGGGCGCCGGCGGCGGGGACGAUGCGGCCGCGGCCGCGGCAGUCCAGGAAGGGUCGUCGUCAGGCGCUAAGCGGUCGCGUCGGGAGGUGCAGAUAGAAGUUGCCGGCGGUGACGGCCAUGCCGCCUCGCCUUCGGCGGCGCAAUCCGCCGGCGCUGCUACUGCUUGCGCGACUGUUGCCAGCUCCUCCUCCCUGGUUUCGGAGCCUUUCCUGGCCGUGUGCCGAAUGUUCGACGAGCGGUGCGCGGGCUACAUUGACGCGGAGGAUUUGGAAGAGAUCAUUUACAUGACCGCCGAUAGCAUAUCACGUCGACGUGUGCAGGCCGUGGUAGACCAAGCCACGGGAAGACGUGGAAGAUUCAGUUACACGGAUCAUGCGUCGCUCGUUGUACCGCCGGCGCCGGUGCCGGAGCCGGAGCCGUCAUCGGCGGGCAGCCCUGCAGCUGGCGCGGGUGUCGCGUCCGCCGCGGACGGCUGUGUUGGCAUGGUAUCGGUGAACGGCUCGAUGGUGGAUGUAGCCAAGCUGCGAGCCAGAUUGGCGGCGAGUGAGGCGGAGAGGAAGGGCCUGUCGCUCAACUUACAACGAAUGGAGGUGCAGGUUUCUGAGUCACGGCGCCGGGAGGCCGCCCUGGCUGACCGCGUGGCGGGCCUGCGCGGUGAGGUGGCGGCGCUGCAGGCGCGACUGAAUCUGUCCAGCGCGGGAAGGGCCUCGGUGGACGCGGCGUUCAGCUCGGUGCUAUCCGAGGUGCAGACGGCGCAAGCCCGGUUGGCAGCCGCCGCUGCGCUGCUGCAGGAGCACGGCUUCGGGAGCUCUGCGGGGACUCUCAGCACAACUGUAAUCACGGCAUACCACCGCCGCAGCCAUCAUAUUCAUAAGCCGUCCUAG